CCAGCUCGUGUGAUUACGGCGAUGCGCCGCGCCCCCUCGGGCCGAGCAGGAAGCGGAGCGCUGGCUGAGAACGACACCGGAGCAGCGCGAGCUGUAGGACAGACUGCGGGUAAAACCGAGCGGCAGCUCCAGCAAGGCAUCACAGCGCCAAUCUCCCCGAAACACACAGCAAAGGCAGCAACCAUGCUCAUCAAAGAAUUCCGAGUGAUCCUACCCAUUUCUGUGGAGGAGUACCAGGUAGGUCAGCUGUACUCAGUAGCCGAGGCAAGUAAGAAUGAGACAGGGGGAGGAGAGGGCGUUGAGGUCCUGAAGAACGAACCGUAUGAGAAAGAUGGAGAAAAAGGCCAAUACACACACAAAAUCUAUCACCUGCAGAGUAAAGUUCCAUCGUUUGUGAGAAUGCUAGCACCCGCUUCAGCUCUCAACAUUCAUGAGAAAGCCUGGAAUGCUUAUCCAUACUGUCGCACAGUAAUCACAAAUGAGUACAUGAAAGAGAAUUUCCUCAUCAAGAUAGAAACAUGGCAUAAACCUGACAUGGGUCAUCAGGAGAAUGUGCACGGUCUGGACCCUGACACUUGGAAGAAGGUCGAUGUGGUGUAUAUUGACAUCGCUGACAGAAGUCAUGUGGAGCCGAAGGACUACAAGCCAGAAGAAGAUCCAGCCAAGUUUAAAUCUGUCAAGACUGGACGAGGACCUUUGGGGCCUGACUGGAAGAAAGAACUACCCAAAAAGACAGAAUGUCCGCACAUGUGUGCUUACAAGCUGGUAACUGUGAAAUUCAAAUGGUGGGGACUGCAAAACAAAGUGGAGAGCUUCAUUCAGAAGCAAGAGAAACGCCUGUUCACUAAUUUCCACCGGCAGCUUUUCUGUUGGAUUGAUAACUGGAUUGAACUAAACAUGGAUGACAUUCGCAGGAUGGAGGAGGAGACCAGGAAGGAACUGGAUGAGAUGAGAGUGAAGGACCCCGUAAAAGGAAUGGUGGCUCUUGAAGACUAAGUCUCCUGUAUAUAGGCGGAGUGUGCUGCUGUUUAUAUUGGUGUGUAAGGUGCCGGCCGCAUUGCCGUAUUGUGAAAUUAUAAGCUUCCCCUGUUGUCACUUGUUAGGAAAAAUUCCCCUGAAAUAUACAUUAUAAAUGACUGGCCUCAUGUUA